CAACAACCACCAUUUCUUCUUCUUCCACACCCUUGUACCCCCUUUUGAGGUGUUGUAUUACUUCUUCCGCCUCUCCUCCCUGAACCCCGUACCGAUUUCCCUUCGCGACCUCAAAGCGCCGUCGUGCGUUAUCGGGCAAAAACCGACAGGCUGGCAACCGUGGCAGACUACGCGCAGUAACAGGUACUCUCACGCCACCGAAUCAAUACCAACCAGGCAACCUGACCGUUCUUGUGCACUCUCUAGAUCCGAGUUUGUUAUGGCAGAGCAGAGAGCACAAGAUGUGGUAAACCAAUCUCUGUCGGUGGGCGAUCUCUCGCCCUCCGACGCACCUGCGACCACAUCUACACCUGAUAUCAAAGUGUCUGGGGACGAUAUUAGUAGGGAUAGUGUUGUGGUGGAAACAGAGGUUGCGCCAAAAGAGAAUGGAAUACAUACAGUGUCAAGUCUCAAAAUGGAAGAACUCGAGGAUGGUUCUGCUCGCUCCGACACAGAUACCAGCCGCGCCGAGGGGAGUGUCGCCGGUGACAAACCUACAGAGCCCAAGCCUUUGAAGAAAUUCGCUGCCAAACCUGUCAGCUUCGCAAAGUAUUCGGUGCCCAAGGUAAUUGCUGCGAGCGCCGCCACAAAAGCCAAUGAGAAAACCCCUACUCCCCAUUCCUCAACCUCGUCCCUCGCUCAGGCAGGACGUCCACGACUGGUCGCAAAAACCACGAGCUCCUUACAGUCAAAGACGAAACCCUACCAAAGCGCCAGCCCGGAUCCCAUGCAGGUAUGGAACAAAAACAGAGUUACCCCACAACCUUCGACGAAACACUUGACCGAUGAAGAGCUUAAGCAGCAAUACGGAAUCCAUUUGACCUCGCGAAUUCAAGCAGACAGUGAAGGGAAAGAGGCGAAAUGGGCAGACAUUGACGACGACGAAGAUGACUGGGCUCCAGAGACGAUUGAAUGGAACGACGGCACCAAGAGCACACUGACUCAUGCCGAUGUCGCUCCGCAAACUUCACAGAAACCCGAGAUGCCUUCUGAACCUGGAGAUCAAUUGAAGCCCGUCAAUGCCUCGAAGGCCCCCGCACCACAAUUCGCAAGUUCUGUCGGUCCUAAUGCGACCGUGCUUAAACUGGGCGCAAGUGCCGAACGGCAACUGGCACAGAGGGCUGCGACACUUCAGGCCAAGACACCUGCUGAAAAGCCGUCAAUCAUCACCAAGGCGACUCCGGCACCCACCCCAUCGAAAUCCCCUUGGGCUCAAUUGCCACCGGUCGACAAGAUCUCUCCAGUUGCGAUCAAUCCUCUGCCAAUACCGCCAUCUAGCCGAUUUCCGCCUAGCCAUGCAUAUGCGCAAAGCCCUUCAUCAGUGAAAGCGCCGUCGCCGGCCAAAGAGAUCUCGGCGGAUGACUUUAACCGCUCAUGGCGGGAUUCAUUACCGGGUCAACAACGCGAAUUGUACGUGCCAGGGUCUGGUCGUUAUGAAGCCGUGGCGGAACCCCGACGACGGAUGUCAAGGAAUGAUCAAGGUUUCCGGGCGCCUGCUGUGUUGCAGAGACCAAUCCAAACCGACGCGCAUGCUCCCGCCGAACCUUCACCGGCGUUUCAGACACAUCGAACAAGCACUGAUCAAGCUCGACGUAGAGCGUCGUCUACUAUUUCCGGAGGUAGCGGGCAGUUUGGCCGACGAAUGUCCAUAAAGUCGGGAGAGUUGCCUAUGCCGAUCGUUGACACUCAAAGACACGAUACCGAAUCUGCAAUGCGGCCAAUCUCGAGGGAUGGUCCGCUUUCUGCGACCCAGACUCCGACGUACCAGGCUCGUGGUACGGGUGAUUACGUGUCUGUCGGUGCUACCUCCGCAACCGAUGCGGACAUCGAAGCUCAACGAGCUCAACAAAGAGCUUUGAUGAAAGAGAACAUUGAGCGGGCCAGGAAACGAAAGAUAGAAGAAGAGGAACGCCUGGAGGCCGAGAAACAAGAGCGUAUUCGUCUGAAGCUGGCGUCUCUCGGACCCGAUCCCAAGCUUGCUAAAAAGUCGGAGGAAGCAGCAAAGGACAAGGAAAAUGAUGCAAAGAAGGACAAUGAGCAGUCUCCAUCAUCUGCGCACCCCACUGCUACAACUGUGAGCACGACCACGACCACUACGCAUUCCCCACCGAAACCACCUCAGCCACUUGCUUCUGGCGAGCCGCAACAGUAUGGCAUGAUGAAAGUGCAUCCCUUGGAUUCGGUCAAAAAGAUGGCCAAUUCGAUGCCCCGAGGAUCAGAGUCACAGAGAUUACCCGUUCGAGAGAAAGUUGAAAGCAGCACAGCUGAUCAAGCCAAACAGGAAACGUUACAAGUCCCUUCACCGAUUGUAAACGGUGUCAGGCCCGUCCCGGAUGUGCGACGAACGAGUGGUCAAGAGCCAGCCUCCGUUUCUGAGCCGAGUCCCAAGUUGCCUAAACCAAGUUCGGUGGCAGGUGAUGCAAGAAGCGGAUGGGGAGAUGUACGCCAUGAUCAUCGCGCACCACAAACGGGUAACCUUUGGGGACUGCCUAACAACAAGGCUCUUGGGAAUGGUACCUUUGACCAAAGUCUGGCAGGAUAUUCGCCUCAAGACCUGUCAAGGACAUCUUCCACGGCGGCAGGCUGGAUGAAUGGUCGAACGCCUCACUCCGGCCGCUCGCCGCAGAUUCAACAUGUCAAUCACAUCCUUGCAGACAACAGAUCUUACUCGUAUCAGUCAGUGACCUCUCCAGAUCAGGGCCCGCUAGCAGUUGAUAGUGAGGCCGACUCGCUGUUUCCCACGACGAAGCCUGCGCCUAUCGGCCCACCUCAGCUCCAGCAAGUUCAUCCAGGCAUGAAUGGCAUGCCUCACGGGCAGAGACCAAACGGUGUUGACGCCUGGAACAACUUCCAUGCGCUUGCAAGUCAGCAAGAACGUACAGAAAAUGAGAAGGUGCAGCGGGAGAUGGCGGCCAGGCGUGAGGAAGAAUUGCGGACUGGUGUUCGGCAAGGCCCGGCUUACACUUUUAAUGAGACUUGGAAACAGGUCCAGGUCGGUGAUCAAGCACAGCGAUCCAUCUCGAGCGUCUCGCAGUCGUCGGUGCCUGCUUCCAGCGUCUUUGGUGCUGUUGGGUCGUUGCCUGGGACGGAGAUUGGCCCACGAAUGAUGAAUGGACCUCCUGGUCGUGGCUCGAGAUUCUUCCCUCAACCCAUCGGACCGCAACAUCCCCUUCAUGAUCGACGUGCAGUCACCUACAGUCACCCCGAACCGCCGAGAACACCAUCGCCGCCUCCCGCUGAGGAAUAUGCCAGUCUUCACCCUGCUUUUGAUGGAGACUUCACCAGGCCAGUUGUGCAUUUCCCACAAAAGCCUGUGGUCAAAUUACCACCAGCUAUGCCUCCCACGCCGCCGAGCCCUGUGCACGUCCUGCCCGACACUUCUCCGGCUACCCCACUGACCUGGGCAGCAAGAGUUUCGAUGCCACCACCCCCUCCUCCGGCAACGCUCCGAAGUGUCUCGACUCCGAUUGUUCAGAAUCCUUCGUGGCAGGAACGAUUUAAUGGCUUACUGGGCAAGAAGAGUUCCCCUGCGCGGGAAGCUGCUCAACCAGUUGGAACAGCCCUUGCAGUUGCGUCGUCGACUAGAGAGCCUCUUGACGUUCAACACGUGCUCGUUCCUGCCGCCUCAGUUUCGCUUCCUGUUGAAGCCGGGCCAACAACAUUGCCCGGCGAUGCGUCGGCCACGACGAAGGAUGUCGAGAGUGAAGAUGAUCUUUUCGAGGACAGAGAACUUGGCUCACUACCGACUAUCAAGUUUCCAUUGGAGACGCCCAUGUUGCCUAUGCCGCCAUUCUUCCCCUCCAGGACAGGAGCUCCUUCUCCCGAGGUUACGUCGGUGGCCCCUUUUAUGGUCAACAACUGGUUCGAGCGGCAUCGUUCGACGGGCCCGCAAUUUGCGCUGAUAAAGUUCCCUGGUUUGUCGAAAGCGAUUAAAAAGGAGUUGCCCAUGCGAGGAUCGUCGGCGCCACACCAUGGCGGUAGGCAACGCUUUGGAAGCGGCCCACCCAGUUCGUCAGGCUCCUUUGGCAGCAAAGGUUAUCGAAACAGAGGUGGACCACGGUCGAGACAAGCAUCGAAGGCACAUUGAUGGAUUAUUUGGGUUACGGCGGCUUUUGCAAGGCCACAUCUCACUAGGCCCUGAGACAUAAAGGCGACUCUCUUUUACAGAGGGAUUAAUUGUCGUCUUUUUUCUUCUCACUUUCACCAGCGCUGGCAGUGCACCGGAUGCUGGCACUACUCACACAAAGGGCUUGCAAUCUGAAUUAUUACUGUAUUUCUUCGGGGGUCUCAUUGCACAAAGGCUUGCGGCUGCAAGUCAAAAAAGGCAGAAGGUGGCCUUGGAACAGGAAUGAAACCCUUGUCAACCACUCCCUUCUGAUUCUGAUUUCAUGUGAGCUUUCCGGAAACCGGGGGGUUGGAAGCUUUCUCUGCGACAGGACCCUACUCGUAAAAACUCUUGGGGCGGUUCGAACAAGAUGCCGGGCCUGGGACAUGGGAAUCCUGCUCCAGGUUCUCUGGGAGUCUAGGCAAGGAUUUCUCCCCUCUACCAAGCAAGGGUGUUGUGAUACUUUCUGUCCCGGGGGCUUGAUCGAUUGGACUUGAAAGGGGGCGCGGGGCAGACCUUGUCUGCAAGGGUGUGUAUUUGUUUGUAUUGGGUCGGAAUGUCGGUGGAAAAAAAACAAACACACAGACACAGACACAGACACAGACACAAAUAACCCGUGAUAGGGUCCCUUGGGGCCUGAAGUAACAAAAAUCGCAAAAUGGGCUUUUUUGGUCACAAAAUUCGGUCUCGGGACCGGUGAAGCACCUACCGACCUACCUACCUACCUACCUACCCACCCACCACGCUUUUUCCCACUUUCUCCUCGCUUUUCAGCCAGCGAAGGGGUUCGUUGUAGUCCGUGAGCCGAAACUAGGGCCAUAAUGAGAGAGAGAGAGG